AUGAGUGACAUUGACCGUGACAUAGAGCAGCUGCGACGCUGUGAGUAUCUCAGCGAGAGCGAGGUCUGCGGAGACAUCCACGGCCAAUUCUACGACUUCAACGAACUGUUAACGGUCGGCAAGCACAUCCCGGAGACGAAUUACCUCUUCCUCGGCGAUUUCGUCGACCGCGGGUACUACUCGGUGGAGACGUUCCUCCUCCUGCUCUGCUUCAAGGUCAGGUACCCAGAUCGCAUCACGCUCAUUCGUGGCAACCACGAGUCACGCAACAUCACGCAAGUGUACGGGUUCUACGAUGAGUGCAUACGCAAAUACGGCAAUGUCAACGUGUGGAACUACUGCACGGAGAUAUUCGACUACUUCUCCAUCGGUGCGCUUGUCGAUAACCGAUACUUCUGCAUCCACGGCGGUCUGUCGCCCUCGGUUUCGACCAUAGACGAGAUACGUUACCUCGACCGCAAGCAGGAGGUGCCACACGAGGGGGCGAUGUGCGACCUGAUGUGGAGCGACCCCGAGUCCAUGGACGGCUGGGGAGCCAGCCCGCGCGGCGCGGGUUUCCUUUUUGGCGGCGACGUGGUCCGGCAGUUCUGCCACCAAAACAAGGUGGAGACGAUCGCCCGGGCCCAUCAGCUGGUCAUGGAGGGCUACAAGUGGUGGUUCAACAAGAUGCUGGUCACGGUGUGGUCGGCACCCAACUACUGCUACCGCUGUGGAAACAUCGCAAGCAUCAUGGAGAUAGACGAUAACCUCAAUUGCAGUUUUAAAAAGUUCGACGCUGUGCCGCCCAACAAGCGUGGCGUGCCUGCGAAAAAGCCAUUCCCGGAGUACUUCCUCUGA